AAUUAAAGCAGAUUCUCAGCACAAUAUUUAAAACUUUUUUCUUCUAUCAAAUCUCAAAAACCAGUAAAACCCUCUGUUCCUUCAUCACCAUAUUCAUAUGGAUCAGCAAAAAUUGGGCACCCAUAUCAUGAGUCCUCCAUCAGUCCCAAAUCACAACAAAAAAGCUCAUGAUCAAGAAAAGAGACAUGAUUUUCAAACUCAACAACCUUACCUUGUGUAUUCCCCUGUUGUUAAGCCUAACAACAAUCCAAUUGACUCUGUUUCUCAUGUCUUCAAUUCUUGGACUAACAAAGCUGACACUAUCGCCCGUAACGUCUGGCGUAACUUGAAAACUGGUCCAUCAGUAUCAGAAGCAGCAUGUGGUAAACUUAAAUUGACAGCCAAGGCAUUGACAGAAGGUGGAUUUGAACCACUUUACAAGCAGAUUUUUGCAACAGAUCCAAAUGAGCAGUUGAAGAAGACAUUUGCUUGUUAUCUUUCUACAAUAACUGGUCCUGUUGCUGGAACUCUUUAUUUGUCAUCAACCAAAGUGGCUUUUUGUAGUGAUCGUCCCUUAUCUUUUCGAGCUCCAUCGGGACACGAAGCUUGGAGCUAUUAUAAGGUGGCAAUACCAUUGGCAAACAUUGGAAGUGUCAAUCCAGUAGUGAUGAGAGAAAAUCCAUCAGAAAGGUACAUUCAAAUUGUGACAAUAGAUGGUCAUGACUUUUGGUUCAUGGGAUUGAUUAAUUUUGAAAAAGCAAAGCAUCAUGUCCUAGAGACUUUAUCACAUUUUAGAGGUCAACCUUAUGGUGGAUACUGAAAUGUAUGCCUAUUUGUUUUGUUCCUCUAUGUAUUUGGAAGAGAUAUAAUUAAUGUAUCAUUACUAGUA